CCUCUCGCUGCUCUUUCCUUUGGGGAAUGGCACAGCGAGCACAGGCCACCAAAAGGAAACGCCAAGCGUCCAAUGAGACUGCCCCAGCCAAACGGGGGAAUGCGGCGUCCUCUCUCCCCGCCAAGAAAACCGCUGCUAAGCCAGCGCAGAGGGGCCUGAAGGGGAAGGCGCAGAAGGUGUUUUCUCGGAAGAAGGCUUUGGCUGGUGCGAGUGAGAAAAGCCAAGAGCAGAAGCCGGGCGUGAAGACUUCAUCGUUGUUUAAAAACAACCCUGAGAUUCCGGAGCUCCCCAGACCUGAGGUCAAGCAGGUGCAAGAAAAGGUGUUUUCUUCAGAUGCUUUUCAUGAGCUGGACCUCCACCCACACUUGAUUUCCACACUAAAUACAGUCUUGAACAUAUUUCAUAUGACCAGUGUCCAGAAGCAAAGCAUUCCUGCGCUGCUGGAAGGCAGAGAUGCUCUCGUGAGAUCCCAGACGGGCUCAGGUAAAACUCUUGCCUAUUGCAUCCCUGUGGUCCAGUCCCUCCAAGCAAUGAAAACGAAAAUACAGCGCGGUGACGGCCCCUACGCGCUGGUGCUGGUGCCGACGAGAGAGCUGGCGUUACAAAGCUUUGACACUUUCCAGAAACUGCUCAAGCCAUUUACCUGGAUUGUGCCUGGAGUGUUAAUGGGAGGAGAGAAGAGAAAGUCUGAAAAAGCCAGGCUCCGCAAAGGAAUCAAUAUCCUCAUCUCCACUCCUGGACGUCUGGUGGAUCAUAUAAAAUCCACAAAGAACAUUCAUUUCAACCGCAUCCGCUGGCUGGUUCUGGAUGAAGCCGACAGAAUCUUGGAUCUGGGCUUCGAAAAGACUAUCACGGUGAUACUCAACGCGAUCAACGCAGAGUGCCAGGAACGACAGAACGUCUUGCUGUCGGCCACUCUCACGGAAGGUGUGACACGGCUCGCUGACAUCAGUUUACACAACCCAGUCAGCAUUUCUGUCCUGGAGAAUAGCUUUGGUCAGCCUUACCUGACAGAUGAAGAGUCUUCUGACGACUCUGACUCACUAAGUGACGACGACUAUGAUGAUGACGAUGACGAUGAUGAUGAUGAUGAUGAUGAUGAGCUGGACGGCUUUGCAAUUCCGGAGGGUCUUGAGCAGUACGUGGUCUUGGUUCCCAGCAAGCUGAGGCUGGUCUGCCUGGCAGCCUUCAUCCUGCAGAAGUGCAAGUUUGAAACUGACCAGAAGCUGAUCGUCUUUUUCUCGAGUUGCGAGCUGGUGGAGUUCCACUACCACCUCUUCUUCCAGACCCUGCUGGGCGGCGCGGCGUCAGGGCAGUUACCAUCUGGCGGCCCGCGAUUAACAUUCCUGCGGCUGCAUGGCAACAUGGACCAGGAGGAGAGAACAGCAGUGUUCCGCGAGUUUGCACAGGCUGGCCCUGGCAUCCUCUUCUGCACGGAUGUUGCAGCUCGAGGCUUAGAUCUCCCUCAAGUCACAUGGAUUGUUCAGUACAACGCUCCGUCUUCAGCCGCGGAAUACAUCCACCGGAUCGGGAGAACCGCCCGCAUUGGCUGCCACGGGAGCAGCCUGCUCUUCUUGGCUCCUUCGGAGGCAGAAUAUGUCAGCUCGCUGGCUUCUCACAAAAUCAACACUUCUGAGAUGAAGAUGGAGGAUAUUCUGUCUGUUCUGACAAGGGAUGAUUCUUUCCAAGCCAGACGAGGUGGUGGCCAGCAACCCCAGGCUGUUGGCCCCCAGGAAACCCAAGAGCGAGCCACAGUCUUGCAGACGGUGUUUGAGGAUUACGUGCACUCCUGCGAGGGGACGGUCGCCUGGGCAAAGAGAGCCCUGCAGUCCUUCAUCCGCGCCUACGCAACCUACCCCCGGUCGCUGAAGCACAUCUUCCACAUCCGAUUGCUCCACCUGGGCCAUGUGGCUAAGAGCUUCGGGCUGAGAGACGCCCCCCAAAACCUUGGUGGCUCAACUGUGAAGAAGAGGAAAGUGAACGUGAAAAGGCCUGACCUUCGCAGGAGGGCCCAGCAGCAGCACCUGGCUGAGGCCUUGCGCUCGGAAUAUGCAAGUGGGCUGGAGGCGGGCGGUGCCAAGGCCAGAAAGCAAAGCAGACAGGCCGAACCGGGCGACGAGCUGGGCGAGCCGAGCAGCGCCAGCAGCUCCAGCAGCUCCAGCGACGUCUGAGGCCCUUGCCCAGCCCGGGCCGUGGGAAAAAAGAAGUGCCCCCAUGAAACAGAAAGAAGCCCAGAAAGGCUCACUGAGGGACAGGACUCCCAGAAAGUGUUUUCAAACUCUGCUGCCACGGCCCGGCCCACGUCCUGUCCUACCAUCUCCCAGUGCGCCUUCCCGACAGCCCACAGCCCUCCCCGGGGUGUGGGGCCCAGGCGGCACCGUGUAGCUUAGCCAGUUAGCCUGUAUCUAUCCCUAGACCUGCUCUGCUUACCCUAUCACUGCCCACGCAUCCUCACGCAGAGCCAGUGGGCCCCCCCAUUUGAGACCCGGUGCUGUGUCAGCCGGCAGGCUGUGACCUGCCUCCGAGCUGAUCUGAAGAAGUCCACGUUUACCCCGUAUUGCAUGCAUUUUGUAAAACGUUUUAAGAUCUGGAUUUAACUUUGUAAAAGAAUAAAAAGUAUUUAUCCAACCA